GCAGCCAUGAAGCAGUGGGCGUAUGCAGCAGCCGCACUCGCGGUCCAGAUCGCGCUACCAGUGCAAGCCGUUAGCAUCACCGACAUCCAGGGCCCGGCGUUCAUAUCUCCCCUGAAUGGACAGACUGUGAACAACCUGACAGGCAUCGUAACCGCAAAGGGGACCUCUGGAUUCUGGAUUCAAGGUCCCGCGGUACGAAGCAAUAGUGUCUCUCACGGGUUGAACGUCUUCACCAGCUCCAAAACCAUUUUGGCCUCUGUCGCCGUCGGGGACUCCAUCUCCCUGUCCGGGGUGGUAUCCGAGUUCCGCUCGAGCGGCUCCCCAGACAACCUCUUUGCGACGGAGCUCCAGUCUCCCACGAACAUCGUCGUCCUCUCUUCAAACCAGGUCGUCACCCCGGUUCUCCUCGGGACUGAUCGCAGCCCCCCAACGCGCAAGCUGAGUGCGCUCGACCCCGGGAAUGACGGAUGGCUCGCCGUCCCGAACAAUCAGAGCCGUAUCGACACUGUGAACGCGACGCUAGUCCCUGACCAGUUCGGAAUGGACUUUUGGGCGAGUCUGGAGGGGCAGCUUGUGACGGUGCCGUCGCCGGUCGCGCUUGACUUUGCGAACUCCUUUGGCGAGUUCUGGGUCCACGGAGACUGGCCUGUGACUGGGAAGAACAGCAGGGGCGGGCUUACCAUCAGCUUCGCCCUGGGGUCGGACGGCAUUCCGGACGCAAACCCCGAGGUCAUCAUUGUAGGCUCCCCUUUGGAUGGCACGAAGAACCCGGCGGUAUCUCUUGGCAAGACGUUCUCAGACAUAACUGGAAUUGUCGCUUACCAAUUCGGAUUCUACUACAUUCUGCCCUUGACGGCGCCUACGGUGCUCACUACGCCCGACCCUACCAUCCCGCCAUCUACCAUCAAGCCCCGCGCACAAGUCUGUACGCUCGUCAUCGGUGACUACAACGUCGAGAACAUGGCGCCGACGACCGCCCACCUGCCUACAGUCGCGAACCACAUUGCGAACUUCCUCAACUCACCCGACCUCAUGUUCCUUCAGGAGAUUCAGGACAACAACGGGGCGACGGACGACGGCACGGUGAGCGCGAACGUCACGCUCGCGACACUCGCGGCCUCGGUUGCGAGUGCGGCAGGCACCACCCAAACGUACGGCACCCUCGACAUCGCGCCACAGAACGACAAGGACGGCGGCGAGCCGGGCGGUAACAUCCGCACCGCGCACCUGUUCAACUCGACGAAGCUCCGCCUCGUCCCCGGCGCUCCCGCAGGCGGCGCUCUGGAUGCGACGAAGCCCGUGCUCGGGACCGACGGCAAUGUCACCCUCACUUUCAACCCCGGACGCAUCGACCCGACGAACUCCGCGUGGGACUCCAGUCGCAAGCCGCUCGUCACGCUGUGGGAGACGACCAACGGCGCGCGCCUCUUCACCAUCAACCUGCACCUCACCGCGAAGCUCGGCGGGACCACCACCCAGGGCAACGCGCGUCCACCCGUCAACGGCGGCGUCGACCAGCGCAUCAGCCAAGUCCAGACCGUCGCAACGUUCGUCAAGGCGCUGCUCGCGCUGGACCCGAACGCGAACAUCAUCGUCGGCGGGGACUGCAACGAAUACGUGCAGACGCGCGCCGUGUUCGCGCCCUUCGACGGGCUGCUCACCGAGUUCGACGUCGCCGUCGACGUCCCCCUCGCGGAGCGCUACACGUACCUCUUCGACCAGAACAGCCAGCAGCUCGACCACCUCUUUAUCUCGGACGCGAUCGUCGCGCGGGGCGACCUCGCGGUCGAGCACGUGCACGUGAACAACUGGGCACCGACGCUCGCCGCGCGCGCGAGCGACCAUGACCCGACUGUUGCACGCGUGAAGAUCUGCUGA